AUGACAGAGAUUGAAUUUCAAGACUAUUUAUUGUUCACAGCAUUGCUUGGAUUUGAAGCCAAUAUGGCUAUGGGCACUGGUAAAGGGAACAUGUCCAACAAUUAUUGCUCACUCAAUAAAGCAGCAAGCACAACAAUGACCACCACAGCUCACAACCCCCCACGAAUAGCACCACCAAGUGUUGAUGAUGCAUCCAUUCCCAAAAGAUCACCAGCAAGACUACUUGACAGAUGGAAGUUACCAUCACAGAGGCUAAUGAACGCAGUUUCGAAUGCCAAGAGCAAAACUAACACCAUCAACAACAAUAAUAAGGGCUCGAUGCCCUAUGGUAAAGGUGGCGGAGCACCUGAUUCGCCGCAAUCGUUUUCAGAGUCAACUAGCUCGUUUGAGAUUGAGGAUGAUGUCAAAGACGACGAAGUUGGAGCUUGCUUGUCCUCAAAUUCCGACAAUGAAUCAGUGUUUUCUGAGCCAGGAAAUAUGCUACAACCUGUAAAAGUUUCCAGGUUCAACGAGCCCAAGGAGGAAGAUGGAAAAUGGGAGGAGCUUUUAGAAGGACUUGAAAGUAUUCAAAUCUGCAACAUUGACGAUGUGCUUACAUUCAAACACACAGACAACACUCAAUUGGCGCGAGUUACGGUCACUGCAACGCCUUCAAGUAGGACAAUAAAUGCGGUUGGAGCAUUUUGA